CUCAUUUCUGAUCAAUCGUUGAAAAUAAUUUAAUUUGAUUUUGUCAAUAGUGAUGAUCUUUGCUGAUUGUAAUCAACAAUUUAAAAGUCAACAACUCUUGAGAGCUGUUAUUGUUAAUUUGAUUGGUCUGACACAUCAUCAUAAUCAUGGAGAUUUCUGUUGAAGGUAAAAAAGUUCUGGUAACUGGAGCAUCCAGAGGAAUCGGUCGAGCGGUAACAGAGACUUUGGUCAAAGCGGGAGCAUCUAAAGUCUAUGCUGUUUGUAUUCUGAAAGACGAAUUGGAUAAACUAGCAAGUGAAGUUAACAAUGUCCAUCCAAUUCAUCUCGAUUUAAGUGAUUGGUCAGCUACCGAAGAGACUUUGAGUAAACUCGAGCCCGUUGAUUGUUUAGUAAACAAUGCUGGUGUCCUUUGGCCAACAGAACCUGGAUCGAUAAAGGAAUCGGAUUAUGACAAAAUAUUUGAUGUCAAUGUGAAAGCUUUGAUUAAUGUUACUCAAAUCAUUUCGACAAAAAUGAUCGACGCUGGAGUUAAAGGUUCAAUCGUUAAUUUGUCCAGUAUAACGGCAAAAAAAUCUUAUCCUCGAUUCUUAAUUUAUUGUACAUCGAAGGCGACGGUUGACCAUAUAACCCAUAAUUUUGCUCUUCAAUUGGCCCCUAAAGGAAUCCGUGUCAAUGCUGUUAAUCCUUGGAUCGUCAAUACUGCCAUGGGUGCGGCUGUGCCAGUGGACCAAGAGGAGGCAGAAGGAUUCAGGAAGGCGACACCGUUGGGACGAUUCAUUGAAACAGAGGAAGUGGCGAAAGUGAUCCUCUUCCUAUUAAGCGAUUGGUCCUCAAUGAUUAACGGUGUAACUUUGCCAAUUGAUGGAGGACUAAUAUUAUAACGAAAAAUAUUAAGAUUAACUAGAAAGUCACAAAUGACAAUUUAUAUAAACAAAUAAACUUUUUCGAUUUAA